CGGGUUACCCGCUUUACAUUGGACUAUCAAUUAUACAGUCUGUGCUUGCUUCUAUCAUCGGGUGAGAUUACACUCAAUACAGAGAGCGAAGGCGACGACCCCGCGACCGUUAACUGUUCCCCAACUCUCAGAAGCCAUAGCCCCAACCAACCGAAUCCAAUCUCUACACCGUUACAGCAACAACAACAACAACAUGCUGAGCUUUGAACCAAAAUCUUAGAGAAUUCUUUAGCCAUGGCGUCUUCACUAACUUCAAAGCCACAGCAAAUUCACUUCCACAGAAACCCUAUCUCCCACUAUUUUGCAAUUCCUCCUUCAAUUCUCUCGUUCGCUUCGCACCGCUCACGCCUUCGUAAUUGUUCCCUGAAGGCUCGGUCCAUCGGCGGCGGGAGCCAAGAAGCCUACACUGCGCCAGAGUUGCUCCGGAAGCCGGUGGUCUCGCCGGCGGUGGACGAGUCGGAGAAAGAAUCUGUUGGAUUAUCCGAGGAGGAAGACGAAGAUGACAGUGGCGGGAGCAGAGAGGGAGACGGGUGGGUUGAUUGGGAGGACCAGAUUUUGGAGGACACUGUGCCCCUUGUUGGCUUUGUCCGCAUGAUUCUUCAUUCUGGAAAAUAUGAGAGUGGUGAUAGAUUACUUCCUGAGCAUGAGAAGACUAUCCUAGAGAGGUUGCUUCCAUAUCAUCCAGAGUGUGAAAAGAAGAUUGGAUGUGGAGUUGAUUACAUCAAGGUCGGAUACCACCCUAAUUUUGAUAGCUCGAGAUGUUUGUUUAUAGUGCGUAAAGAUGGGGAGGUGGUUGACUUUUCAUAUUGGAAAUGCAUAAAGGGGUUGAUCAGGAAAAAUUAUCCUCUGUAUGCCGACAGCUUCAUUCUCAGGCAUUUCCGACGACGUAGACGUAGUGACUCUAGGUAAGCGAAGUCACUAGGACCAGCAUUUAUGCAAGAUUUUUUUUUUUUUUUUGCUAAGUAACUCAUCUUCUUGUUUUUUCCUUUGUUUAACUCAUCUUCCCCUGCUGAAAUAUAUUGUGCAAUGCAAAGGGAAAUAUUUGAAAUUCUUGUAUUAUGAUUGUAUGGGAAAUGAAAGUUUGUGUUGUUCUUAGAUGCUGUGAAACGUCGUCUUUAUAAGAUGGAAGUUACCGCAGCAUUCCCUCA